AUGUCUGAAGAAGACGCCAAUGGGGAUCUCUCUAGGUAUGACCCGUUUGCUGGUAUUAAUUCUAGCGUCGUUGCGUAUGAUAAUGAGGGCGAGAACAAGUCUAGCGUCACUGUGCUUGACGUCUGCUCUUCCUCUGGUAACGACGGCAGUGACGAAGUCUUUGAAUACAUAAGCGACUCAAGCGAGAUGCUUGAAGAGAUACUUGAUGCGAUAGGUAAAAUGGUCCACGUUCACACGCUCAAAGCACACAGCCACAACAGCCGCCCCAAAAUGAAGGCCAUCGCGUAA